AGAUGGCGCACACAUGUCGGAUACGGAGAACAGUGUUUGGACAAGGAUGAACGACUCGCGCAGAGACUCAGUGAGAGAGGGAGCCCAGCACAGAGUUGUAAUCAACACAUUGGUGAGAACAGGGAAGCAGGCGCGCGGCACGGGGACCCGCCGGAAGAAGCAGCAGCAGUAGCAGCAGCUUCGGCGCGAGCUGAACACAUACCGACCAAACACCGGCAGCACGAGCGACACCGCGGCGGACACCGAGGCGGAGAGGAGGAGGAGGAGGAGGAGAAGAAGGAGGAGGAGGCACCUGCACCGCCACUCGUUCUCCCCCGCUGCCUCCGCGCGCUCUCCCUCUUCUCUCGCCUCCUCACCCCUCUUUUCCUCGCGGACCGCCGCUUCCUCGUUAAGAUGGCUGACCCCAACAGCGACGGAGAGGUACCGGAGAGCGCGCGCGGCUUCGCCCGUCAGGGAGCCCUCCGCCAGAAGAAUGUGCACGAGGUGAAGAACCACAAGUUCAUCGCGCGCUUCUUCAAGCAGCCCACCUUCUGCAGCCACUGCACGGACUUCAUCUGGGGCUUUGGCAAACAGGGAUUCCAGUGCCAAGUGUGCUGUUUUGUGGUCCACAAGCGCUGUCAUGAAUUCGUCACCUUUUCCUGUCCGGGGGCCGACAAGGGACCCGCCUCCGAUGAUCCCCGGAGUAAACACAAAUUUAAGGUGCACACUUACUCCAGCCCCACCUUCUGUGACCACUGUGGCUCCCUCCUGUACGGGCUGAUACACCAGGGCAUGAAAUGUGACCAUUGUAUGAUGAACAUCCAUAAGCGAUGUGUGGCCAACGUCCCCAGCCUGUGUGGGACCGAUCACACAGAGAGGCGAGGACGCAUCCACAUCUCUGCCCAGAUCACGGAGGACACCCUAACCGUCACCAUCAAAGAGGCUAAGAACCUGGUGCCCAUGGACCCCAACGGCUUGUCAGACCCCUACGUCAAACUCAAGCUGAUCCCGGAUCCUAAGAGUGAGAGCAAGCAGAAGACAAAGACCAUCAAAUGUUGCCUCAACCCCUCCUGGAACGAGACCUUCACUUUCAACCUCAAAGAAAGUGACAAGGAUCGCCGUCUGUCCGUGGAGGUCUGGGACUGGGAUUUAACCAGCAGGAAUGACUUCAUGGGAUCUCUGUCCUUUGGGAUCUCAGAGCUACAGAAACAAGGAAUAGAUGGAUGGUAUAAGCUGUUGUCCCAGGAGGAAGGAGAAUACUUUAAUGUUCCCGUCCAGCCAGAUGGAGAGGAUGGAAACGAGGAGCUACGACAGAAGUUUGAGAGAUGGAAGGUAGGUCCAGGGAAGCCCACGGACUCUUCCUCCUCUUCCUCAGUUUGCAAAUAUGACAGCAAUGGUAAUCAGGACCGCGUCAAGCUCUCCGACUUCAACUUCAUCAUGGUUCUGGGCAAAGGCAGCUUUGGAAAGGUGAUGCUGGCUGAGAGGAAGGGCACAGAUGAGCUGUAUGCCAUCAAGAUCCUAAAGAAGGACGUGGUGAUUCAGGAUGAUGACGUGGAGUGCACAAUGGUGGAGAAGAGAGUCCUCGCUUUGUCUGGAAAACCACCUUUCCUCACUCAGCUGCACUCCUGUUUCCAAACCAUGGACCGAUUGUACUUUGUGAUGGAGUACAUUAAUGGAGGAGACCUCAUGUACCAGAUCCAACAGGUCGGCAAGUUCAAGGAGCCUCAUGCUGUGUUUUAUGCUGCAGAAAUCGCCAUAGGACUUUUCUUCCUUCACUCCAAAGGCAUUGUGUAUCGGGACCUGAAGUUGGACAACGUGAUGCUGGAUGCCGAGGGCCACAUAAAGAUCGCAGACUUUGGGAUGUGCAAAGAGAACAUGUUUGAUGGAAUUACCACAAAGACUUUUUGUGGAACACCAGACUACAUCGCUCCUGAGAUCAUAGCCUAUCAACCUUAUGGAAAGUCUGUGGACUGGUGGGCUUUUGGAGUACUACUCUAUGAAAUGCUUGCUGGGCAGCCUCCUUUUGAUGGAGAAGAUGAGGAUGAGCUCUUUCAGUCAAUCAUGGAGCAUCAUGUCUCUUACCCUAAAUCUAUGUCCAAAGAAGCUGUUGCUAUCUGCAAGGGGCUGAUGACGAAGCACCCUGGUAAGCGUCUGGGCUGCGGUCCAGAGGGCGAGAGAGACAUCAAGGAACAUGCUUUCUUCCGCUAUAUAGACUGGGAAAAACUGGAGAAUAAAGAGGUUCAGCCCCCUUUCAAACCUAAAGCUUGUGGGCGCGAUGCGGAGAACUUUGAUCGUUUUUUCACGCGCCACCCCCCAGAGCUGACCCCCCCAGAUCAGGAGCUUAUAGCCAACCUGGACCAGGAAGAGUUCCAAGGCUUCUCAUUUGUUAACCCUGAGUACACUCACACAACUCACUGACCAUGCCACAUAUCACUGGGCAGCACUAGUAAUCCCCUACACCUUGAUAACAUUACACAAAAAAAAUAAAAUGAACAAAAAAAAAAAAAUACCGUGAUGUCAUAUCCAGGCUGCAUUCGGCAGGGUGAAACUUUGACAAGGAUGUUUGACAUUUUGGGUUAUUUGCUUUUUCAUUUUCCUCAAGAAAAUUAGCUAAAACUAUCAAUACUGUGGUUAUUAACGUUCAUCAAACACUCAGUUUGUAUUUUCUAUUCAAAGCUCAAACAAUCUGUUGAUCAAACCAAAAACAGAUGAUGUCCAUUGCUGUCACUGGAUGACUGAAUUUGGUCAGUCCAACUCAAUUUACAGCUUCAUUCAUAUUGUAUUGUUUCAUUCUAGCAAAAUAACUGCAAGUAAUGUUACAAAUACAGGUCAGUUUAAUCAUCAAAGACCUAAACAGCUACCUGCAAUCAAAAAUAUGUACCGAUUUAAAACGUUUAACAACUUUUGGACCAUUAACCCCAUCGAUACAGUUAAAUAAUUCAGGUAAAAUGCAGUUUUUCAGCUUUGCAUGGUCAUUAGAUAUGACCCAUUUGGAUGUUCAGAGGCUCCAUAGUGAAUAUGGAAACACUGUCAUCACAUGCAAUCAACUCACAAGUAAAACUCAUCAAUUUGUGUUUUUAUGUUCAGUUAAGGACAUAUUUUUCUUCAGUUCAUCUCUUCUGAUAUAAUAACCUUUGCAUUUACUCUGAGCUCGUAUUAGCAUCUACAUGAUCAGUAAAUUCAAUAUAGAAAAAUACAUAAUUUUCAGGAAAAAAAAAAUGCAGAACAUAAUAUUAUAAAGGAUGAUAAAUCACUUAAGAAAAGUUCAAUAUGGAAAAAAAAGUAAUUAGAAAAAAUAGCUCUUAAGGGUUUAAGGGUCUUAAGGGUUAACAGGAUUUGCCUGCUACCACAUGAACAAAUGAAUGUAAUGUGAAUACAUUAUGCAUUUCUGCAAAUUUGAACAUCAGUGGAAACACUUGCUGUAAUUAAUAACAUACAGCUGUGUUUAGAUAUUCUUAUCGGGGAAUGCUACAUACUGUGGAUUUAAAUACACAGCACCGUCUAUAAGCAGACAUAGACAGAAGACAAAAAAGAAAAGUCAAAUAGUAGCAUUUCGUGUCACUGGUGACGCCAUUUGGUCAUUACAGCUGUCAAUCAUGUACACCGCCCCUUUUUACAAUCAAAUAAGUUAUCAGAAACAAACUUAUCAGAAACUUAAACACAGAUCAAUUUGAUAAAUGGAACUAAAAAUAAAUCACCAGUAGAAAAAAUAAGUCAAAUGUUACUUGAUAGGGCAGGAUUUAUUCCCGUCUUGAACCAUCCACCAAGUGGUGAUCAAAAUACUCUAACGUCACUGUAGGAAGUUAUUGUGCUGUGUGGGAUUUUUUACAGUGUGUAUUUUUCUCAUUAUGGUACCGGCUCAAUGCGACUCGAUUUUACUCGAUGCAUCAUAUUAUUUUUAUUUAGUCUUCUAUUAAACACUGAUUAUGGCAAAUCACACAACCAUGGUGUGGUAAAAUGAUCAUAUGCAGACUUUCCAACAGUGUUUUGUGCUGCAUUGAGGAUUGCUUCCUAGUAGUUUCAUGUGUUCCACUAAAUCUACUACCACUAAAUCUGCAGUUAAAAACAAAGUACCGAAAGCCAGUGCCGUGCAGUGGAAAAACACCGCUUGGUAUUGACAUAUUUAUGCUAACUCUGAGGAAAAUGCCCCUCCAGAGUCCCCACCAGACCUAAAUAAGCCUCUACAUCACUUAUAACAAAGCAAAUACUCCCCAAAAUGUCUUCCCGAUCCUUCAAAGUCCAGAUGGAAAUGCAGACAGGUGCUCAAAUGCUAACAAUCAGGAUAAAUAGUCCAAUUUUUAUGUGUCCAGUUGCCAGUAGGAGACUAGUUUUCGUUUCCAGAGGUGACGCUGUUUUCUGUGGUUUUAGCAUGUCAUGUUACGCUGCUGCUGCUGCUGCUGCUGCUGCUGCUCUCAUAUCAGCUCCACAGCCUGCAUUUCUAUCUUCAGUGCAGAAACGUCGCCCGUUCCUGAAUGCCGCCCGGCCACUCACAUUAUCAGGUUCAGGUCAACAUCAGAGUUCAGAGCCGACCUGAACCAGCUCUGUCUGUGUCACCCCCUCCUGUAACUGCAUAUUGAGUAUGACGACUUAUCAGUAAUAUAGAUGAGUGUAGUAUGAUCACAUAUUAGUAAUAUUCAUACAGUGUAAGUGAAAACUGACCAAUUGCUUUGCUAUAAUUGUUUGAGUACUAAUCAGUUUCCUAAUGUUGACUUUACUUUUGCCUAUAGGACCAAAUACUUUCUGUUGAGUCAGUGUUGUGGUGAGCUUAUCUGAACUAUUUGCUCAUUUGUCAGACAUCACAAGUCUUUCUACAAACAGUCACCAGGUGUCCACAUCUGGUUAGUGUUGUUAUCUGAAAGCACAUUAUUUUUCUCUUCGCUCAUUACUGAAAACAUUCACCGCAUUACACUGUGUUUUCAAUGACAGAGGAGCAGGAAAGAGCCAUCAUCUCUAACCUUGUACAACAAACAUUUCUGAGAUAUUUCUCAUAUGACAAAACCUUGGAGAGUCUCAUAGAAAAGAUGUUCAAAAGUGCCAAAGCGAGGUUCAGAAUAAUGAUGAUGCAGACUAAAACAGUCCUCAACAACUGUGAAGAAAGGCAGCCAUGUUGUGCCAUUUUGCUGUACAUGUACACACAUUAGAGUAUGCAUUUUAGCUCAUCUGUUCUCCAAUAAUUCAAUACCCUUGGAAAUUCAUUUUCAUAUAUAAAACGACAUGUGUGAGAAGAUGUGUGUUUCAUUGUGAGGCAGAUUGUAUUAUCCUUUUUUGUAACUGUGCAACAAUGCAGGGUAGUAUAAAACAAAACAAACAAAAAAAAAAAAAACGUGUCAAAUCUUGUACUCUGAGCUUGUAUCAAAUGUAGGGGUGAUGAGAGUUUUGUUGUCAUGGCAACAAAAUGAGCACUAAAUGUGAUGAUGGUAAUGAUGAUGACAUAAUGAAAACUAUGAGAUUAAAAAUAAAUGUAUAUUGAGUUCUUUAUCAGAUAGAUAUGUGGAUCAGUUGUUAUGGAUGAAAGAGAGAAGCUUCUGUGGAUUGUGUAAUUGGCCUGUAUGACUGGAAACUGAUAAUAUACUCACUGGUGCCUACCAGAA